UGAUCCAUGGUAAAAUAUGUCUAGAUUACCUUGGAACAGGGGUGGGGAAUGGAAAAUCAGCUAGCCUCUACUUUCUUGUGCUGAUAAGAAGAGAGUUACAAAGGUUGUAAAGGACAGAGUGCUGAGUGCACUGUUUUCAUGCAUGUGCCAUGUAUAUACAGUCAGAGGGAGAAAGAGGGAGAGUGCUGGUAAACUAAAGUGUGAGACCAGAAAGCAGUCAGCAUAGUGCAGAUACUUGUGUAGCAGAAUAUGAAGUAAACAGCCACCUAUCUCUGCACAGAGACCUCUACUUUAAAGAAAUUGUUAAGCAGGACACUGAGAGAAAUCAAAGAGCUGCUGUCUGUCUUUUCUGUGUGGCCUUUGCCUUCCACCAGCACACUGCUCAGGUGUAUUAAAUGGCUGAUAAACAAAUCAGUUUGCCUGCAAAACUGAUCAAUGGAGGCAUUGCUGGGCUUAUAGGGGUCACAUGUGUUUUCCCAAUUGACCUGGCCAAAACACGCCUGCAGAACCAGCAGAAUGGAUCCCGUCUUUACUCUAGCAUGUCUGAUUGCCUUAUCAAGACCAUUCGAUCAGAUGGAUAUUUCGGAAUGUACAGAGGUGCUGCGGUGAAUCUUACUCUUGUUACCCCAGAGAAGGCCAUAAAACUUGCUGCUAAUGACUUCUUCAGACACAUGCUGUCCAAAGAUGGACAAAAAUUAACCUUGCUGAAGGAGAUGCUUGCAGGGUGUGGUGCUGGAACCUGCCAAGUCAUUGUCACAACUCCAAUGGAGAUGCUAAAGAUCCAGCUGCAAGAUGCAGGUCGCAUUGCGGCACAAAAAAAACUGAUGUCAGAAGUAAUAAACUCUUCAAGUACAGGCAUGACUGCUUCAGAAGCACAAGGGCCACAGUCUGCAAUUCAAAUAAGUCGCCAAUUGCUGAAAGAAAAAGGCAUAGCUGGCUUAUACAAAGGAUUAGGUGCAACCCUGCUCAGGGAUGUGCCGUUUUCUAUUGUUUACUUUCCCCUGUUUGCCAACCUGAACAAGCUGGGCCAAAAGGACCCUGAUACCAAGGCCCCAUUCUAUGUGUCUUUCCUGGCAGGCUGUGCUGCUGGCAGCACAGCUGCUGUAGCUGUGAACCCCUGUGAUGUAAUAAAGACAAGACUGCAGUCGCUGCAGAGGGGAGCACAGGAAGAUACAUAUGCUGGUAUCUCAGACUGUAUCAGAAAGAUUUACCGGAAUGAAGGUCCUACUGCAUUUCUUAAAGGAGCAUACUGUCGCGCUCUGGUGAUUGCACCUCUUUUUGGCAUAGCACAAGUGGUUUACUUCUUCGGUAUAGGAGAAUUCCUUUUGGGACUUCUUCCUCAAAAACAUGAUUAACCCAGGGUACAUCCUUAUUUCCAAGCUAGAACUAUAGUACAUCUAUAGUAUGUGCAGGCUUUACAGGGUUUUUAACAUAAUACAAUGGCAGUCAGAGGCUUGUCACGGAACAGAGAGUAAAGCUGAAGAGUGGAAUCUGGUUGUGAUCAUUGAGUAAAUCAGUUUAAAAGGAUUACACACCUGCUAAAAAAUGGUGAGACAUUGUAGCAAAAAACGUUUCUGUUGUUCUGGGGAGGGAUGCUUUGGAUAUUAAUACUUUUAAUAUCAAAGCAGGCAAUUGUUAAAUCAUAUGUUAAUGAUGCUUCAUUGCUUAGAUUUUAUACAUUUUCUGCAAAAUGUGAUAUAUAAGUAUCGUAGAAACUCUGGGAGGGCUGGUCUUUCUCAGGCAGCACUGAACUCUAACAUAGAAAGUAAUUAAACUAAAGAUAGAGCCUUUGAGGAUAUUACUUGUUAAGAUAUUUUGAUCCUGAGCUUGGAUGCCAUCUGCUGUUUGCAUUUUGUCUGGUUAAAUUUCUUGUGAGGACUAUGGUAUUGUUUUAGUAUCCUCAGACAUGUGUUUCGCUCAACUGGCAGCUUAAAAUUGCCACAUUGUUUUUGUGUAUGAUUUGUGAUGGACUUUAAAGCUUCUAAAAACUCCAAAGUGGUUUGAGUCGGUCAGCAUAUGCAGAGAUGGAGGAAAGUAGUAUUAAAAUUCAUAUUUUCAUGACUUGAGAAUCCCUCUAUCAAUUACUAAUACACAGGUCAAAUUUUAAAUAUCUAGUAAGGUCAAAUGCAUAGUAAAGUACCACAGACCUGGGGAAGUGGAUGAGGGAUUGAAGAAGCAACAGGGCACAGGUACAACCCAGAUAUACCAUAUUUUUACCACACUCUACUAAAGGGUACCAUACUGUUUUGGGAAAAAACAGACAUGUAAACCUACACUCCAUUUAAAAUGAGCUUUCAGUCAUGCCAAUUUUAUCAAAAAAAUAUGCAAAGAACGCCUCCUUCUCUGCAGCCCUGAAUAUGCAACUUUUUAACCUUGUUUUUUAAAUAUUGUUUAACCUGUUUUUCGAUGAGAAGGCCUGUUGCAAGUCAUACAACAGUAUAUGGGGCAGACUAAUUUCAGCAAAAUUAUCCAGAGCAUUUUCAAUAUAUACAGUGCUUUACUCAGCAAAAAAAUUUACAAGUUUAAAGAUAAAACAUUUCAAAUUUACAAAAUAGUUUUCUUUAAUGCGCUCAUGGAGCCCCCAUUUUCUCUAACUUUGUGCCUUUCUCCUUCACAAUUUUCUGAAUUCCAAAAUAUCAUGAAUUUAAACACAUUCUGGCUAAAAUUCUUUGUUCAAACAUGUUUUCAAGGUACUAAAGAAAAUUAAAUGGUAAGGACAGUUCACACCCGCACAGUUGGACAAUCAUAUGUAUUUAGUUUGACACAAAAAAAUGAAUAAGGGAAUGAAUGUAACUUCAGUUAUUUAGAAAUAAGUAUUUCCAGUAUUUUCAGUGUGCAAGAUAAUUAAAUAUUUACAGUUUCAGGAAAUUAAAUAAAAUUGCAAAACAAUGGCAUUGGUUGUCUCUUACACAUGUCAAUCUUACAGCAUCAUGUGGUAAUUAAAGAAAAAAAAACAUAAUUCAAGUUUGCCCAAUACUCCACUUCUGUACCCUUAGUAAAACUGUUUUGCUUUUAGUAGAAUAAUGUGACCUUUCAAUAUCCCACAUUUACAAAAUUUGUGUUCUAAUUCAAAGGAUUUACUUGUGUAAAAAUGAAAAAAUAGUUCAUCUAGUUAAUAAUUUAUGUAAAGAAUCUGGAUCUGGAAAAAUUUUGGUGUUAGCAGAACACUAUCUGAUCAUGUCUUCUGAGACAUCAGCCUCUUGGCAAAGCCCCUCUUGCCACAGCUUCUCAGUGUCCCAUUAAGAAUGGCAGGAUAUAUGUGGCUUUGUGGCCAUGCAGAUCUUACAAGACAUUAAUGUAAAAAACAAAUGUUUAUUAGAUUUUGCAAUACUAAACAAUAGUAGAUAGAAGCACAUAGAGCUAAGAUGACCUAAGCACAAGCAACAGUAUUUAAGAAGGAACUAGACAAAACUGAAUCCAAAAAUACAGACAAAAAGUCAGAAAUGAAAAAAACAGUUGGAGGAAGUCAACUAGAUGAUAUUGGAAUGGCACUAAAGCAUAGUGCUAGAUCAAAGAGUUCAAGCCAGGCUCUCUCUUUUAUUUUCCUUACCCUUCCUAUCAAAUGACUACACAGACAUACGAGAGGCCAGGGAAGAGCUGCAGGCAAAAGGAGGGACUAUAGGGAUGGAGUCCAAUCUCAUUCCUGACAAAAUGCUUUUAAUUUUGGUAUUGCACAAUUGAUAUGGUCAAAGCACUGUACACAUUUACAAAUAUCUUUAACAUUAAGCAAAAUGCCCAAUAAACAUCCAGUGUGUCAUAGUAAUCUAUAAAGCCCAUUAAACAUCCAAUAAGACAUUGUAAUCUAUCUAUCUGUAUUGUUUAUUUAAGUUCUUAACACUCCUAGUAAUAAUGGUAAAAUAAAGUACAUUGAAAUAAAGAUAAAGUAGAUUGUCUCAUCAUUAUGGAACUCAAUGUACACUGUAAAUCAAUUACUCAUGAAGUUUUACUAUCAUGUCUAUUCCUCAAGUCCUAUCCUCUUUACAUCAUGUGGUGUAUGCAGUGGAUUCAGAAAGUAUUCCGACCCCUUUACUUUUUCACAUUCUGCUAUGUUGCAGCCUUGUACUAAAACCAUUUAAUUCAAUUUGUCCAGUACCCCAGAAUGACAAAGCGAAAACAGAAUUUUAGAAAGUUUUGCAAAUUUAUUAAAAAAAAAAAAAAACUGAAAUAUCACACUGACACAAGUAUGCACUUAACUCUGUACUUAUUUAAAACCCCUUUGGCAGCGAUAACAACCUACAGUGUUCUUGGGUAUUAUGCAACACCUGUAUUUUAGGGAUUUUCUGCCAUUCUUCUCUGCAAAUCCUCCCAAGCUAUUUUAGGUUGGAUGGAGUCCAUUGGUGGUCAGUUAUUUUCACAUCUCUCCAGAGAUGUUUAAAUGGGCAAGGCCAGUCUCUAGCUGGGCAACUCAAUGACAUUCACAAAUUUGACUCUAAGCCACUAUUAUGUUGUCUUUGCUUUUGCACUUAGGAUAAUUAUCCUAUUAGAAGGUGGACCUUCAGCCCAAAUUGAGGUCCAAACAGCUCUGGAGCAGAUUUUCAUCAAGGGUCUCUUCUCUGUACUUUGGUCUGUCCAGCUUUCCCUCUAUCCUGUGUAGUCUCCUAAUUUCUGCUGCUGAAAAACAAUCCCAGAGCAUGAUGCUACUACCACCAUGCUUCACUGUUGGAAUAGUAUUGAACAGGUGAUGAGCGGUGCCAAGUUUCCUCCAGAUAUGACACUAAUCUUAGUGUCAUUAGACCAGAGAAUCUUGCUUCCCACAGUCUGAGAUCCAUUUAUGUGCCUUUUUGCAAACUCCAAGCAGGCGUAGAUGUGUCUUUUAAUGAGGAGAGGCUACUUCCACUCUGUCAUAAAGCCUAGACUGGUGGAAUGUUACAGUGAUGGUUGUCAUUUUGAAAAUGUGUACUUUCUCCACCCUGGUUCUCUAGAGCUCAGCCAGAGUAACCAUUGGGUUCUUGUUCACCUCUCUUACUAUGGCAUUUGCCCCAUAAUUGUUCAGUUUGAUUGGAUGACCAGAUUUAUGAGUAGUUGUGGUUGUUAUAGACUUCUUCUAUUUAAGAACUAUGAAGGCCACUGCAAUUUGGGAAACUUCAAUGCUGCAGGAUUUUUUUGUAGCCUUCCACAGAUCUUUUUCUCACCGCAGUCUUGUCUCUAAGCACUGCAGGCAACUUCUUCAAACUUAUUGCUUGGUUUUUGCUCUGAUGAACAUUGUCAGAUGUAGGACUUUAUAUAGAGAUAUGUGUGCCUUUCCUGAGUAUGUCCAAUCAAUUAAAUUGACCACUGGUGGACUUCAAGCAAGAUGCAGAAACAUCACAGUGAUGAUCAAUAGAGUGGGAUCCACCUGAGACAGAUUUCAAGUACCAUAGCAAAGGGUCUGAAUACUGGUGUCAAUGUGAUAUUUCAGUUUAUUUUUUUAUAAAUUUGCAAAAAAAUUGCUUUGUCAUUCUGGGAUAUUGAGAGUUGCUUGAUGUGGAGAAAAACUAAUUUAAAUAAUUUGAGCACAAGCCUGCAAAAUGUGAAAAAAGUGAAGGAGUAUUAAUACUUUCUGAAUCCACUAUACACCAAAUGAAAUGAGUUUAGACAGAGUUAGAGAAGGAAAGGCUUUCUCCUUAAAAGAAGUAGCAAUAUUUAGAAAAAGAGUAAUUUGAAUGGCUGUAUCUUAGAGGGGAACUGGUUUAUUGUGCUUAAUAAAAGGCUAUUCAGAAGAGCAUUUCUUCAUGAAUUACCCAUCACUGUUUAGUACACAGAAGUCUGUAUAUUUAUUUGUAUUUAUUUUACUAUUAAGAGUGUGCUUCUUAUAAAUAGAUUAUUUUGAUUCAAUCUCACACAUCCUAAAAAGAAUAUCUUAAAGUAUCAUAUUUUGUUCAUUAUCCAUGAUUCUACAUUAAAUAUUUCCAUCCAUCCAUCCAUUUUCCAACCCACUGAAUCCGAACACAGGGUCACGGGGGUCUGCUGGAGCCAAUCCCAGCCAACACAUGGCACAAGGCAGGAACCAAUCCCGGGCAGGGUGCCAACCCACCGCAGGACACACACAAACACACCCACACACACCAAGCACACACUAGGGCCAAUUUAGAAUCACCAAUCCACCUAACCUGCAUGUCUUUGGACUGUGGGAGGAAACCGGAGCGCCCGGAGGAAACCCACGCAGACACGGGGAGAACAUGCAAACUCCACGCAGGGAGGACCCGGGAAGCGAACCCAGGUCCUCAGGUCUCCCAACUGCGAGGCAGCAGCGCUACCCACUGCGCCACCGUGCCGCCCACAUUAAAUAUUUAUUUUAAACAAAAUCAACAUGCAAAGUUUAAGAAAGGAUUUACAUUUCCAUAUAUGAAACAUUUCUAUUAGUACCAUAGAAUGGAAAAACCCAUUAUCUUUGGGUAUCUGUGAUUAAAUAUAAUAAUGAAUCAGUGCACAAAUAAAUAAUUUAAUUCUGUUAUUAUU